UGGAACAAGUGGAGGUCGGUAUUGUAUCGUGAAUAUGCAAAGCCAUGUGGAUGUGAAGAAGAGGCCCUGAAAAAUAAGCCUGAUACAGUAGGUAGCCAAGAGGAUUGGGAAUGGUGUGUGAAACAUGUUUUCUAUAGUCCUGAAUUUCAGAAAUUGAGCAAGAACAAUGCAUUGAAUAGAAUGAAAAAAACUAUGAAUCAUCAUAGUGGAAGCAAGCCUAAUCGAGAAUACUUCUAUGAAAUGGGUGGAAAGGAUGGGAGUCCUCCGACCAUAGAUAAAGUGUUUUUUGAGACACAUAAGAGCAAUGGUGAAAUAAAGGAACAAGCAGCAAAAGAAAGACAUGCUGGACUUGUUGAGACAUGUGAAGCUAAUCCAGAGUUGGAGCCAAUGGAAUUGGUAGAGAAGUACUAUGGAGAACAAAGACAUGGACAUAUAAUUGGAUUUGGAGGUGGGUUGAGACCUAAAGACUUGAAGGGUUCAGAUGCAUUAAGCAGGGCAGAAUUGGCAAGCAAACUAAGGGACUCAAAUGGAGAGAAGGCAGACAUGGCAACUGUAAUAGCAGAGCAAGCCAAAGUUAUUUCUGAAAUGAGAGACAUGAUGGAAAGGAUGAACCAGAGGUCUGGCAGUCCGACAACAACUCAAAAUGGUCACUCCUAAGUAGGGAUGUGAUUGAUGACACCAACUAACCUUUUGAUUGUGGAGGAGGAUGAAAUGUAACUCUAGAUUAGGAGGAGUUUUAGAUGUUUGUUGAAAUCUUUUGAAUGAUUUUGGAUGGGUGUCAUGUACUAGUUAAUUAGCUUUUGGAUG